AUGUUCCCAAAGGCCCUCCUAUCAGUCGGCUUCCUCUUAGCCUUGCUAGGCAGUGCCCUGGCACUCGAGCUCAAUAUUGCACGAGACUUGUCACUCGGCACAACCCAGUGGGCCUACAGCUCGAAAUGCAGCUUCGCAGCGCCACCAAGCGACGCGCAAUUCCUGAAAAUGAUCCAAGUUGCUUUCGACGACAUGAAAAAUGCCCCCGCCGCCAGCAAUAAGGAAAGGAGCAAGCGUCCAAACGCCAUGAUCGGCCUCUCUAUUGGCAACGAAGUCUACCUCUCUUCUUCCGUGAGGGGCACAAGGCAGAUUAUCUACGAAAAGGCCAGUUUCGCGGGAGGCGACGGCACAUUAAACCCCGAACUCCCAAAAAAGUACAAAGAGGUCACGGAUGCUUUAGCCAAGUGUGCCACCCCAGCAAACAAGCAACACAAGAACCAAGCAGCUUGUGGCGAGAUCAUGUCAACCCUGAUGUGGAUGACGGACAACCCGACUCAAAGUCCAAAAGAGCUAGUUGUCCAACCCAAGGUUGCUGCGUUCAAUGGCAAGGGCUACCUUCCCCCUUGUUCACCGGACCCGAAUAACCCGGAGGAUGUGAGUUGGGGAUGCGAUAGCUGGACCAAGGAAAUGGGUUACAAAGUUGUGGGAGACAUGUCUCUUCCGGAUGAAAUCACCGUGGUAGGGACUUGCACGGGACCACUCAGCCUAAACGCAUGCCUAACGGUAGUAGUUGAUGAGGAAGAGAUCUCAAAAGGUUAG